AUGAAGGGAAUGCACACGGAAAUUCAAAACCCACUCUCGUGCAACCAUUUGAGCUGGCUAUGUUUACAGCUAGUUUUAUUGAGGGUAUUCCUCACGUUCUUUAUCCUCUGUCCACAUCGCUAUAGCUGUUUUGACCAUAUUGCGGACGAAUGCCUUUCUUUACGCCAACAGGAUGAACCAAGAUUGCGUUCAUCAAACAAACCCGACAAGCUGUACAAAGAACCGAUAUGUUCCUAUAUGAUUACUGCCUCUGGAAUUGAAGCCGAGCAAGAGAUCGGACUACGAGAUAUCAUUGAGUUCAGCCGACAGUCUGAACCUAGCAGAGGAGUAACAGAAAGGGACAGCAACAAGUAA